AUGGAAGAAAAUAGGAAAGUUGAUGACUUAGAAGAACAACUCGUUGAAAUCGUCAACUCGGAGGAGGAUAAGAUCCCUGAACCUCUAGCUAGAAAGAACGAAGCCAAGACCUGACAGAUCGUCCUCAUGAAGGCCCAGACUUGGGACAGAGAGUCCCAUGGCCUUUAUGAUUAUGAAAGCAGAAGGGUUCAAAAAUAUGAGCGCAAAGUUGAAGAUGAAGGAUAUAUGGUCAGAGAUAAAGAAGAUGUCAUGUUCUGGGAUAGUCAACAUCCUUAUGAUCCUGAAGACGAGACCCUCUUAUUUAAGCUUAUAAAUAAACAGGAGAAGUUCUUUGUAAGCCCAAUCAAUGAGAACCAGGCUAACGACCGACUAUGGCUAGUAAUCCGUUCACUCAAGAACGGUUAUACUAUUAAGAGACAUGACAUCCUCAAACUAGGCAGAAUGAAAUUCAAAGUCAAGGAAUUUAGAACAGAAACCGAAUAUUUUGAAGGAGAGCAUGUAGAGAAAAGCCCUCAUGAAGGAUUUGAAGAACUUCACGAAGUACAGGCAGCCGAUAGCGAUGAUAUUAUGUGCAGAUUCUGCUGGACUGGUGAACAAACAGAAGAAAACCCAAUUAUUGGCUCAUGAAGAUGCCAAGGAUCUAUCAAAUACAUCCACUUCAAUUGUCUCAAGCUCUGGCUUGAGUCUAAAGUUAAUAAGAAAAAUGAUACUGAGUGCCAUAGAACUAUGAAUUGGAAGAACUUUGAGUGAGAAUUAUGAAAGCUUCCAUAUCCUUAUACCUUCAUGUUUAAAGGCAAAAGAUGGAAUUUAGUUGACUUGAAAAGACCUACUGACAAAGACACCCCAUACAUUAUUUUAGAGAGUUUGAACUCAGAGAAGAACUCUUCUAGAACCAUUCAUAUAGUGAUCGUCAAUACAGAUAAAACCAUCUUUUCUUUAGGAAGAGGCCAUGAUGCUGACCUGAGAAUUAAUGAUAUAUCUGUUUCGAGGAAACAUGCCAAUAUUGAAUAUAGAGAUGGAAAGUUCAUGUUUGUUGACCUCAAAAGUAAAUUUGGAACACUGGCAUUACUCAGCAAAGAUGUUGAGCUCAUCCAAGACAACAGUCAGACUUUCCAGAUAGGUAGAACAGUAGUUACUCUCAAGGCAAAACCGACUCAGCCAUGGAAAAAUAAAGAUAAGCAAGAUGAGUUUACUCUGCUGAAGCAAGAUAAGGACUUCCUAAAGAGAGCUUCGAAUUUGAUGAAUAAGGACUCAAAUUUGCCUAUAUCUCAAGAAAAUGACAAUGAAGAUGACAAAAUUCAGAAUUAUGUCCCUGUGUUCAAGACCAAUAACAAUAGAAGAGCCGAUGAUAAUUUUGAUGAUAGAGAGCAGCAUAUCAUAGAAAUUAAUGGCAAGAGAUACCUUGUAGUCCAAGAGCUCGACCCUCCCCAAGAUGGAGAUGCUCUUUCUGUAGAAGAAGACGAAUAAAUCCUGUAAUUAUUACCUCAGUGUUUGUGAAAACACAGUACAUAACUUUGUAAGGCAUUCUU